AUGCUGCACCAGUCCUGGGCGCUCUCGUUCGGAAGGGGGUGCCGGAUGUCAUUGGCCUUGAAGAGUCGAUUGCAGUUGUGGACAUCGCCGCGCGCACGGGCAUCGCGAACAGCACGUUUCUCUACAAGGCUUUGCGGUACAUGUCGUCUUUCAAGAUCUUUGAGGAGGUUGAAGGGCGUUGCUUUCGCCACACGGCGAGCUCCCUGCAGUUGCGGAAAGGUGGCGCAAUGCAUUUGCGUUGCCUUUGGCGCACUUCGACCGAGAAUUUCUGGGGCCGGCGGACUUUCCCUGGCCUGGGUCGACAAGAUGUGGAAUUCGGGCGGUUCGUCCGCGUUCCAGAUCGCAAUGAACAGCGACUUCUACACGUACAUGUCGGUCGAGAAGCCAGAGGAGGAAAUCAUCUUCGGCAGGUAUAUGAAACAGCUCAUGGCUUCGACGAUACCGGGCAUCGUGAAUGGCUACCAGUGGCCUGACAGUGGGGAUGUCGUUGAUCUGGGCGGCGGCACUGGCGACUUGCUCAAUCAGGUCGCGCUGGCGCGCCCAGGCUGCACAUGCCAUCUGCUGGACCUUCGCCCCGUUGUCGAGGAGGCCAAGCAGGCUGGGAUAGUCACUGCGAGGAAUGUCAAUUUUUCGCCUUGUGAUUUCUUCCAGGUCCUUCCCGUGCGAGCCAACCUCGUCAUCAUGAAACGCAUCCUGCACAAUUGGGACGACGGGCGCUGCGCCGAGAUACUCCGGAACGUCGCUGCUUCUGGUAAGCCCAAUCUGAAGGUGCUGGUCAUUGACUUCGUCAUCACUUCCGCGCCCAACACAUUCGACGAAAUGUUGCGCCAAGACAUUCAUAUGCAGCUGGUGUUCUCUGGACAGGAGCGGACCCUCGAUGAGUUCAAUGAUAUCUUCCAAAACGCUGGCUUCUCGAAAGUGUGUCAGCCCAUCGACUUCUACGGGGGGCCCUACAAAGGCAUGGUGAUUGAGCCUAUUUGCGAUGUGUCAGGUCAUGCUUAG